CGCAUCCUCCCUCUUUCUUCUCCCCUUCGCUCUCUCACCUGGGUUUUCUUUGCCUUUAGUCCUCGUGUUUCUCCCCGAAAGUCGAUCUGUCAGAGUUGUUUCUCUGGCUUCUUCACGCGACAGCACUGAACCAUAACUGUGCGCUAUGUAUAACACUCAUCGCGGGAUGGUUCCCGCUCCCAACUCUCGCCUGACAGAGUUGUUGGACCAGCUCCGUCAGGAAUUUGAGAACCAAUCUAGAAGCACUGGCGAGUUUGAACACCAAUUAACCGGACAGCUGCAGGAAAUGGAAAUGAUCCGGCAAAAAAUCUUUCAGCUGGAGCAGACGCAAGUGAAGAUGAAGAACGACUAUGAAGCGGAAAUUCGAGUGCUGCGACACGAGCUUGAGUCUCGCGGUGUCCAACCCGUCUCAUCGCAUAUCACCGGCCCUGCCCAGCACGCUGGCCCUUCCCAGGCGCCGCCGCCUGCCUUGGGUCAUGGUCCGAGCAACUUGUUCGGCGGUAUCAUGACCAAUCAAGGAGGUAGUGGCCCCGGUCUUGCCCCUCCCCCUCCCCAGGAUCAGCAGCCUCCCCAGCAUACUCUUCAACAACCUGCUGCCGCGGCUCAGCAAGGAGCGCCGCAACCACCGCAGAGCUCGUUCGGAGGAUAUCAACCUGGUGCUGCUGUGAACGGCUAUGGACCCCCUCCUCCACCUGCUGCCUCCCCAGGUCCUGGUAAGCGGCCUCGCGCCCCUCCUGGCCCGGCUACCCCCCAGCAGACCCAUCAGCUCGCUUAUCCCGACCCACGCGUCUCCCCGCAACUGGCUCGGCCGACCCCUCCUACUCAGUCAUUGGUCCGCGAUCGCCCUGGGAACAUGCUUGCCAACUGGAACCCCGACGAGCUACCGGCUUCACAGAAGCGGGAGGGCGCUGAUUGGUAUGCUGUGUUCAACCCGGAAGUGCAGCGCGUACUAGAUGUCGAACUUGUCCAUCAUCUCGUCCACGACAGCGUCGUCUGCUGUGUCAGGUUUAGCCGAGAUGGCAAAUACCUUGCCACUGGCUGUAACCGUCAGGCACAGAUUUACGAUGUUACUAGCGGUCAGGUUGUCGCCACUCUGCAAGACGAAACAGUCGAUAAGAACGGCGAUUUGUACAUUCGCAGCGUUUGCUUCAGCCCGGAUGGCAAGUAUCUUGCUACGGGUGCGGAAGACAAACAGAUUCGGGUUUGGGACAUCAGUUCUCGGACUAUCAAGCACGUUUUCAGUGGCCACGAGCAGGACAUAUACUCUCUGGACUUUGCGGGCAAUGGCCGCUAUAUCGCUUCCGGCAGUGGAGAUAAGACUGUCCGUCUUUGGGACAUUCUCGACGGCAAGUUAGUUUACACCCUGAGCAUUGAAGAUGGUGUGACCACUGUGGCCAUGUCACCUGAUGGUCAUUACGUCGCUGCGGGUUCCCUCGACAAGAGCGUUCGGGUCUGGGAUACGACCACCGGCUACCUUGUGGAGCGCCUGGAAAACCCUGAUGGCCACAAGGAUAGUGUCUACUCGGUCGCAUUUGCACCCAACGGUAGGGACCUCGUCAGUGGCAGUCUCGAUAAAACCAUCAAGCUCUGGGAGCUCAAUGUUCCCCGUGGCGCGUACCCAGGAAGUGGAGUCAAAGGAGGGAAAUGUGUCCGUACCUUUGAGGGUCACAAGGAUUUUGUGCUUAGUGUCUGCUUGACCCCUGAUGGCCACUGGGUUAUGAGUGGCUCCAAGGAUAGAGGCGUCCAAUUCUGGGAUCCAAUCACUGGCAACGCACAGAUGAUGCUUCAAGGUCAUAAAAACUCAGUCAUUUCUGUGGCUCCUAGUCCCACCAACAAUCUAUUCGCUACAGGCAGCGGUGAUAUGCGGGCAAGAAUCUGGAGGUAAGUUUCAGUACCCGUGAUCAUAAGAUCAGCAUCAUGAGACGGACUGUUUCCCACCUGUUUUAUACCUUUCAUGAGCGUUGCUAAUCAUUCGGGUCUUUCCACUUCUUUUCUCUUCUAGAUACUCUACGUACACCGGACGGUAAUUGGGCUGAAAUUGGGAAAGCCUUGGCGCAAAUGUGAAAUGUCUUCUGUCUUCGUAACUGCUGUUCUUGCCUUGACUUUGAAACUUGCUGCUCGCUUCGUUCUGCUUCAGGGUGUUUGCGUUGCCGAAGGAUGAUCGCGUCCUUUCCCGACUCCCGCGCGCGGUUGGGUAAGUGGCCAUCCUACAGGGCUGGUCUUUGGCCUUUAAAAGCGCAGCCCAACAACCAAAAGCGAAAUCAGUCUACG